AGGACCCGAGCGCCGCCCCCGACGGCUGCCCGGACGCCGCCGCGCUCGCCUCACCUGCGCCGCCCGCGGGAAGCCCGACCGGGGGCCGCGCGCCGCCCGCACGCCCAGGCGGGGCCCCCGCUGCCGAGACUCCCGCGCGCCCGCGGGGAGCGCGCCGCGCCAACAUGCUGGCCCCGCGCGGAGCCGCCUUCCUCCUGCUGCACCUGGCCCUGCAGCCCUGGCUGGGGGCCGGCGCCCAGGCCGCCCCGCAGGUCUUUGACCUUCUCCCAUCCGCCAGCCAGAGGCUGAACCCAAGUGUUCUGCAGCCGAUCCUGACAGACCCCACUUUGAACGAGCUCUACGUGAUCUCCACCUUCAAGCUGCAGUCGAAAAGCUCGGCCACCAUCUUCGGCCUUUACUCUUCAGCUGACCACAGCAAAUAUUUUGAAUUUACUGUCAUGGGACGUUUAAAUAAAGCCGUCCUCCGUUACCUGAAGAACGACGGGAGGAUUCACCUGGUGGUUUUCAACAACCUGCAGCUGGCUGACGGCAGGAGGCACAGGCUGCUGCUGAGACUGACCAACCUCCACCGGGGGGCUGGCUCCGUGGAGCUGUUCCUGGACUGCACCCGCGUGGACUCCAUCCACAACCUCCCCAGAGCCUUUUCCGGCCUCGCCCAGAGUCCCGAGGCUGUGGAACUGAGGACUUUCCAGAGGAAGGCACACGACUCUUUGGAAGAGCUGAAACUGGUGGUGAGAGGCUCGCUGAUCCAGGUGGCCAGCCUGCAAGACUGCUUCCUGCAGCAGAGUGAGCCACUGGCCACCACAAACACAGGAGACUUUAAUCGGCAGUUCUUGGGGCAGAUGUCACAACUAAACCAACUACUGGGAGAGGUGAAGGAUCUUCUGAGACAGCAGGUCAAGGAAACAACAUUUUUGCGAAACACCAUAGCCGAAUGCCAGGCUUGCGGUCCUCUGAGCUUUCAGUCUCCCACCCCCAACACCCUGAUACCCGUGGUGCCCGCGGCAUCCCCAACACCCCCAGUGCGCCGCUGUGAUUCCAACCCGUGUUUCCGCGGCGUGCGAUGCACCGACACCAGAGACGGCUUUCAAUGCGGACCCUGCCCCGAGGGCUACACAGGAAAUGGGAUCGCCUGUUCCGACGUCGAUGAGUGCAAAUACCACCCCUGCUAUCCUGGCGUGCGCUGUGUAAACCUGGCUCCUGGCUUCAGAUGUGAUGCCUGCCCGGUGGGCUUCACGGGGCCCCUGCUGCAGGGCGUUGGGAUCAAUUUCGCCAAGACAAACAAGCAGGUCUGCGCUGAUGUUGAUGAGUGUCGAAACGGAGCGUGUGUUCUCAAUUCUAUCUGUAUUAACACUUUGGGAUCUUAUCGCUGUGGGCCUUGCAAACCAGGGUACAUCGGUGAUCAGAUGAGGGGAUGCAAAAUGGAAAGAAACUGCAGAGAUCCAGAACUGAACCCUUGCAGUGUGAACGCCCAGUGCAUCGAAGAGAGGCAGGGGGAUGUGACGUGUGUGUGUGGGGUCGGCUGGGCUGGUGACGGCUACAUCUGUGGAAAGGAUGUGGACAUUGACAGUUACCCUGAUGAGGAACUGCCAUGCUCGGCCAGAAACUGCAAAAAGGACAACUGCAAGUAUGUACCAAAUUCUGGCCAAGAAGAUGCAGACAGGGAUGGCAUUGGAGAUGCCUGUGAUGAGGAUGCUGAUGGAGACGGGAUCCUGAAUGAGCAGGAUAACUGUGUCCUGACCCACAACGUGGACCAGAGGAACAGUGACAAAGACAUCUUCGGGGAUGCCUGUGAUAACUGCCGGAACGUGCUGAAUAAUGACCAGAAAGACACUGAUGGGGACGGGAGAGGAGACGCCUGUGAUGACGACAUGGAUGGGGACGGAAUAAAAAACAUCUUGGACAACUGCCAGAAAGUUCCCAAUAGUGACCAAGAAGACAGAGACGGUGACGGUGUAGGGGAUGCCUGUGACAGCUGUCCUGAGGUCAGCAACCCGAACCAGUCUGACGUGGAUAAUGAUCUGGUUGGGGACUCCUGUGACACCAAUCAGGACAGCGACGGAGAUGGGCACCAGGACAGCACAGACAACUGCCCCACCGUCAUCAACAGUGCCCAGCUGGACACUGACAAGGAUGGGAUUGGUGAUGAGUGUGACGAUGACGACGACAACGACGGCAUCCCAGACUUGGUACCCCCUGGCCCGGACAACUGCCGGCUGGUCCCCAACCCUGCCCAGGAGGACAGCAACAGUGAUGGAGUGGGAGACAUCUGUGAGGCAGACUUCGACCAGGACCAGGUCAUCGAUCGGAUAGACGUGUGCCCAGAGAACGCAGAGGUCACCCUGACUGACUUCAGAGCCUAUCAGACCGUGGUCCUGGACCCUGAAGGGGAUGCCCAGAUCGACCCCAACUGGGUGGUCCUGAACCAGGGCAUGGAGAUUGUGCAGACCAUGAACAGCGAUCCUGGCCUGGCAGUGGGGUACACGGCUUUUAACGGAGUUGACUUUGAAGGGACCUUCCACGUCAACACUCAGACGGACGAUGACUACGCCGGCUUCAUCUUCGGUUACCAGGACAGCUCCAGCUUCUACGUGGUCAUGUGGAAGCAGACAGAGCAGACAUACUGGCAGGCCACCCCGUUCCGAGCUGUCGCGGAACCUGGCAUCCAGCUCAAGGCCGUGAAGUCCAAGACGGGUCCAGGGGAGCAUCUCCGCAACUCGCUGUGGCACACGGGGGACACCAGUGACCAGGUCAGGCUGCUCUGGAAGGACUCCAGGAACGUGGGCUGGAAGGACAAGGUGUCCUACCGCUGGUUCCUGCAGCACCGGCCCCAGGUGGGCUACAUCAGGGUGCGAUUUUAUGAAGGCUCUGAGUUGGUGGCUGAUUCUGGGGUCACCAUAGACACCACCAUGCGUGGAGGCCGGCUCGGCGUGUUCUGCUUCUCCCAGGAAAACAUCAUUUGGUCCAACCUCAAAUAUCGCUGCAAUGACACCAUCCCAGAGGACUUCCAAGAAUUUCAGACCCAGAAUUUUGAUCGCCUGGAUAAAUAAACAGAGGACGCAAUCCGUAACUGCUUUUCCAAACACUAAAGUCAUAUGUUUUUUAACUUCCUACAACUUUCUUUGUAUACAGUGUGGCUUUCUUUUUGCCCACCCAGAUAUACCAAACUUCUUAUAUGAAUGUGGCAAUAAAGAAGAGAUGAUUUCUAAAAA